AUGGAAUCGCCUACCUCAUCUCGAGCAUCCUCGCCCCAACACAGCCUUAUCAACUCGCCCAGUCUUCGAAAACAUCGUGACAGGGCCGCAACAUCAACAUACCGUCCAAUCCAACAACCUUCAUUCGCACCCUCAACAACCCCACUUAAAAGCCCUGGGGUACGGUACCGCCAGCAACAGCAACAGCACCAACGACAGCAACAGCAGGAAGAGGAAGAAUCAGAACUUUACAACGCACUCCACAGCACCGAACAUGACAACAGCUUGGAACAACCCCGCUCGGCACAAGUCUAUGCCACCGCAUCUCCUUCAUUGUUCAAGGACCCCUCCUACCUCAGCAGCAGCAAGCUCACGGAAUCCGAAUCGCGACUUGCCAGCGCAAAACAUCUGCAGCAGGCCAACGACAUGACAAAGAGUAUCUACAAACUGCUCGAGGAUAAUGCUCGCACAAAGGAGGGCGUCUCUCGACAGGCUCAAAACUCUGUCUCUGUUGCCAACCAGUCGCUCGAGGUGUUCCGGCAAUCCCAGAGAAGGUCCAGUGGAACACCUACAUCUGCAUCCAGGACUACAUCUGCAGCAACCAAGUUUCAGCAGCAGCAACCUAUUUCGAAACCUUUGUUGCGGACGACAGAGACAGAAUACGAUGUAUCGCCCAGCAGGACAGCUCGCCUUCUGACAUCUCCCCCCGCGAGUUUGUUUGUUGGGACCCCUUCUAGGAGGAGCCAUCUCAGGCACCAAACACCAGGAUCAAUGCGCACAACCUCACCAACUCACCGACACUCACAGGAGCAGCAAGUCGAGGAGAAGAGUCGUCCGGAGGAUGCGGCUACACUGGAGUGGUUGAAGCAGACAGUCGAUGCAGAGGAAUUCGACCAUCAGAGAUACACACGUCGAGCCUCGACUGAAGUCGGCGAGUUGCCUGAGCAGCAGGGAGAGCACGAGGAUCUGUACCAAACAGAAGACCAUCAUCAGGAAACCGACCCUUUCGAUUCUGCCACACAGCGUGAUGACUCGUAUCUUCACAAACGACAAAGCUUGAGCUUGCCCCCAAGACGCCGCAGAUCGAACGAACACGUCGAGGAUACCUACAGCCAGAAAGAAAAUAUACCCUUUGAAAACGAGGUGACCGCUCCUCUCGACUCCUAUCUUUCUCGCUCGGGCCUGUACCCCAAGACACCCGAGAUGGAUCAUUCGGUGACCGAGGCGGAGAGCUCCUUGCUCGAGGUGGCCGAGACCACAACAACUAUCACCAACCAGCUCCGAGGCGUCUACACCAACCUUCAGGACUUCUUCUCUCCUGAGACAGAAGCUAAAUUGCAGGACGCCAUUACGGUGAUUGGAUCUCAGAAGGCUAUCAGGGUGGCCAAGGGCCUGUCGUCGUCUACCACCCGCCCUCGUCCAUUGGAGUUCAGGUCUGCCUCUGUUCGCAAGGAUUACAGGAAGCCCUCGUCAGCGCCUCAGUCGACCCGACCCCUGACAACACCUCAGCCGUUCAACUUUUCUGAAAGAUUGAACUCGAUUCAAAUCCGGCGACCGAGUCCCAGUCUUUCAAAAUCCCUGGGAGCAUCCGCCGCUGCCUUGCGGCCGUCUAGAGUUCAGGAUAUCCAGCGCACAAGGACCAAUGUACCCUCGACUCCUAUUGCACAGAACCGUACCGUGAACGAGUACCAGGAAAUGUCCAAGUCACCCUUCAUUCCCUUGGCUCAGAGGAAGAAGCAGUUAGAAAAGAGCUCCCUCAACGACCUUCCUGAGUCUACGAAGCGCUCGCUGACGAUACCCAAGGCGCCUGUCUUGCAUACCAGCACACGACCAAAGACCACUGCGCUCCCUUUUGAGGAGCGGGUUCUUCAGGACAUUGCUCAGCAAGGCGGAUACAAGGCCAACACAAUAGACAAGCGCGUUAUCGAGAGUUCAGGAGAAUAUGGGCUGCCAAAGCCCGUCAAGCCCCGACUGACGGUUCCAAAGUCCCCUGUUCUCACUAAGCGACGACCUGCACCUAUGAGACCCGCUGUCAUGCCUAUUCGCUCGGAUUCACAUCAUCAACAUUCCCAUCAACACCACCACCAGCAGCAGAAGACGCAUAGGGCAGGUAUUCCGGAGAGAGGAUUGGUGACAUCUGCAGAGUCUGCAAGGCGUUUGAGCCAAGACAAGAAGAGCAAGCCAACUGCUUACCAUCCUCCUCCAAACAAGCCAUCGUUGACGAUCCCGGAACCAUUCUCGUUGGCGACAGAUGCACGAGGCCAGCGGUACCAGGAACAAUUCCAUAACAAGUUGACCAAAUGGCGACAGAUUGAGAAGGAACACCAGUUCAAGGCCCUUGCGUUGCCGACUUACCCGGAAGUGUUUGUCCCGAAGAAAUCAAACAAGCCCCUGACCCAUGUCGUGCCCGUUCAUUUGCAGACGGAUCGACGUGCAGAGGAGAGGGAAGCUUAUGAACAAGAACGACUCCGUAAAGAGAAGCUUGCCCAGGUUCUCCUCGCCGAAAAGGCUCGUGAAGACGAGUUGCGGGAGAUGCGGGAGUUGAGGGCACUUCGUGAGAGACUGGUACCACACCCGACACCGAUUAAGGAGUACCCCAGAAUCGAGAUUCACAAGUCGACACGACCCCUGACGACGCCAAAGUCACCCAACAUUGGGCAAAAGCGUAAACGCCAGAUGACCUUGGAGCGAGAUGUCUCGCAUGACCAUGAGGAGGAGGAGGAGGUGGAGCGACUGCAUCGGUCUCAUCAUCAGCGCCAGCAGCGUCAGCAUCAACAAGAGCACCAUAACCAUAGCCGUAGCCACGGCCACAAUCACCAGGAUCAUGACGAAAGUCAUGGCCAGUACCAGGGCCAGCAUAUGGAAAAGGAGCAGUAUUAUGUUGUUGAUCCGCAGGAAGAAGAGCAGUUGGAGCGGGAACAGCAGCGGGAGAAUGAGCGAGCGCAAGAGCAAGAGUAUGAACGUCGUCGUCUUUCUUCCUACUCGAACUCGCGCGGUGAGGGCGGCGGCGGUGGUGGUGCUGUUGACAGGGAGAAACAGAAUCAGAUCCGGGAAGAGAUUGAACAGCAGAGAGAGAAAGAUCAGGGAUACCUUUUAGAGCGAGAGGAGAGGCAGCUUCAGGCGGAACGACAGGCUUACCGGCGGCGGUCUUCUCAAUCUCGUGCUGCUUUAGGAGGAAGGGGGGAGGGAUAUGAGGAUAGGGAUGAGUAUGGUCAGGAUAAACGACAGCGUGUGGGGGUGGCGGUUGCAACCGCGACGAUGUUGGGGGAUGCAAAGUAUGAAAGUCAGUUGUUUGCGAGGAAGAUGGGGCGCAAGUCCUGGAUAGCUGCCAACGAUAUUUAG